AAAUGAUACAAUUUUCUUUAGGGCAUGUAUAGGGUGCAAAAAGUGGAUGUAACACGAAAAUCUGCAAUAAAUACAGAUGGAUUUAAAAUGGCAGACACUGAUGACAAGAUCAAAUUAAGUGAUGCGCAGAGAGCUAAGAUAGAAAGAAACAGACAGAGGGCACUGUUGCUACGCCAAGCCAGACUCAGCAGCAGGCCGUACCCAGAACCCAAACUUUCAACUGUAAGGACUGAGAAAUCUAGUUCCAGUCGAGUAAUUGACACCGGAGCUGGGUUUCUGCUAGAAGAAGAUGAAGAAGAGGAGGCGUCCAAGCAAGUAACUAUAGUUCAUGAGCCAGGUCCUGUUUUAGGAGGCGACCGGGUCGUUUGUGUCGAAUGCAAUAAAGGAUUCCAAGAUUCGUUUAUUUACAGAACUUUUGAUCAUCAAGUGUGCGAUGAAUGCAAAGAUAAUGAGGACAAGCAUUCACUGAUUGCCAAGACUGAAGCGAAGCAGCUUUACCUUCUCAAAGAUGUAGACUUUGAUCGAAGGGAGCCAAUCUUGAAGCACUUGGUCAGGAAGAAUCCACACAACCCACGCUGGGGAGAGAUGAAACUGUACCUCAAGUUACAGGUUGAACAGAGAGCAUUUGAGAUCUGGGGUGACCAAGACAAAAUAGAAGAAGAAAAAGAGAAACGGGACGAAAAUAAAGAAAAGGCCAAACACAAGAAGUUUGACAAGAAGGUUAAAGAACUGAGACGAGCUGUGCGUACAAGUCUAUGGACGAAGGAAUUAGGAGGUCACGAGCAUGGUUACGGGGAAGAAACUUACGAUGAGGACUCCGAUAUGUAUUCAAAGACAUGCACAUCGUGCGGACACUGUCUCUCCUAUGAGAAAAUGUGAGCAUGGCAUGUGUAAAUCAUUGCUCUCAGUCUUCAGGGAGUAGGGUGUCGUGGCCUAGCAGAUCACCAAGCUCUGAUGUUUCUGUUCAGCAGAGUGUGGGUUCGAAUCCCGGUCAUGACACUUGUAUCCCCGAGCCAGACACUGAACUAUAAUUGCUUCUCUCCACCAAGGGGUAGAUGGGUACCUACGUGUGUAUGAGGGCUAAGAUGGUUCUGGUGGUCGAUUUAGCUGUAGUAGUGCAUAUUUGUUGCACAGGCUGUAUACUCCCCAGGGAGCUGAGAUGUUUAAGGAAUAAAAUGUAUGGUCCAGUGACCAGGGGUAAUGAUGGUGGAGCACUUUUAGAAGCCCUUCGGGUGUGAAAAGCGCAGUAUAAAAACAGAUUAUUGUUACAUGUAUAGAUAUUGUUAUUAUUCCAUUUAUGACGGCCGCAUGUUGUGCUGUGAGCUGAAGAGUGAGAGUUGCCGAAGGGCACAUGGAUGCUGCGUCAACAUUAUCUGAACUGAGUUGUUUGUUUAUGGGUAAAAACACUCUUCAUGGAGCAGGCCUUAACUUUGUUAUUGAAGGGGCGCAGCAAUUUUCUUCUGGUGAUGGGCAUUUCUAUAUGAGGGCACCUCUAUAUGAGGGCACCACAGCAAAAACACAAGGGUCGCCACAGCAAUUGCUGUGGGUGCUAUGGGUUACUUCCUGGCCAGAGCCCAAUUUUCAUAAAGCCUGUAAGCAGAAAUUACUGCUCCACAAAUUUUGCUUUGCUAAGCAAAAUAUUGAUUAGGGCACCAGCCAAAACAAUGUAAGCUUAAUGUUAUUUUGGCUGUUAAUCUGUUGCCGCUAAGCAAUACAGUACUAAGCAAGUUUUGGUGCCUACAGACUUUAUGAAAUUGGGCCCUGAUGUAUGUGUGUAUAUGGACCACUCUGCGUGGUACUUUGCGUGCAGGUCACGCACGGCCAUUUUAGACCGACAUCAAAUUUUGUACUGGUGUCAAAUGUGAUCCAUUAUGAAUUCA